AUGGGUAUUCAAAUUAGAUCACUCUUGUUCAUGUUCUUGAUCUUGAUUUUGACCGUCCCUGUUCGAGCUCAGAGAACAACAACAGAGACUUCAACAACAAAGUUCACUUUCCGAGGUUUUACAGGAAAGCAAUCGGAGAUUAUUACGACAGGAGUUGCGAUGAUCAAACCCGACGGUCUAUUAAGACUCACCGACCUAAACUCAAACGUUACCGGUACAUCAUUCUACCACAAACCGGUGAGAUUGCUCGAGACUAGUGGAAAUUCCAAGAACGCCACGGUUCGUUCCUUUAGCACUUCUUUUGUCUUUGUCAUAAUCCCUUCAAGCUCAAGCAACGGAGGUUUCGGCUUCACCUUCACGCUAUCUCCGACCCCUAAUCGUCCCGGAGCCGAAUCCGCUCAGUAUUUGGGUUUUCUAAGCGAAAAGAACGACGGGAAUUCGACGAAUCACGUUUUCGCGGUUGAGUUCGACACGGUACAAGGAUUCAAAGACGGUGCUGAUCGAAUAGGCAACCACAUCGGUCUUAAUUUCAACAGCCUCACAUCGGAUGUUCAAGAACCGGUCGUGUAUUACGACAACGACUAUCCUGACCGCAAAGAGGAUUUCCCGCUACAUAGCGGUGAUCCAAUCCGAGCGUUUUUGGAUUAUGAUGGACCAACACAAACGCUGAAUUUCACCGUUUACCCGGCGAGUUUGAAGUCUAAACCAAUAAAGCCUCUGAUCUCGCGACUAUCGGUUCCAAAGUUGUCGCGGAUCGUGCAAGAAGAAAUGUAUGUCGGAUUCACAGCAGCGACGGGAAGAGAUCAGUCGAGUGCUCAUUACAUAAUGGGUUGGAGUUUUGCAAGCGGCGGCGAUCGUCCGAUUGCGGAACCUCUCGAACUCUCGGAGCUUCCUCGCCCGCCACCGAAUACGGCGAAAAAAAGAGGAUACAAUUUUCAGGUCCUCGCUCUGAUCUUGGCUCUAUCAGGCGUAACGCUGAUCUUGCUUGCUUUACUCUUCUUCUUCGUGAUCUAUAAGAAGCGAUUGCAACAAGGAGAGAUUCUUGAAGACUGGGAAAUCAAUCAUCCUCACAGACUCAAAUACAAAGAUCUCUAUGCUGCUACCGAUGGAUUCAAGGAGAACCGUAUCGUCGGAACCGGAGGAUUUGGAACCGUUUUCAGAGGAAACAUCAACUCUUCUUCUGAUACAAUCGCCGUGAAGAAGAUAACCCCGAAUAGUAUGCAAGGUGUUCGGGAAUUCGUUGCAGAGAUCGAGAGUUUGGGAAGAUUAAGGCACAAGAAUCUGGUCAACCUUCAAGGAUGGUGCAAACACAAAAACGAUCUCUUGCUAAUUUACGAUUACAUCCCCAACGGAAGCUUAGACUCGCUGCUUUACAGUAGACCGAGACAAAGCGGCGCCGUUUUGUCGUGGAACACGCGUUUUCAAAUCGCGAAAGGAAUCGCGUCUGGAUUGCUGUAUCUCCACGAGGAAUGGGAACAGAUCGUAGUUCAUAGAGACGUGAAACCUAGCAACGUUCUGAUCGACGAUGACAUGAACCCUAGAUUGGGAGAUUUCGGACUCGCGAGGCUUUACGAACGCGGAUCGCUAUCGCACACGACAGUGGUCGUUGGUACGAUUGGUUAUAUGGCGCCCGAGCUAGCCCGAAACGGUAAAUCGUCCUCCGCGUCUGACGUUUUCGCGUUUGGCGUUUUGCUGCUAGAGAUCGUCUCAGGGAGAAGACCGACGGAUUCCGGUACCUUCUUUUUAGCCGAUUGGGUUAUGGAUUUGCACGCGAAAGGCGAGAUUCUCGGUGCGGUCGAUCCGAGACUCGGAUCUGGUUACGACGGCGGAGAAGCAAAACUUGCUCUCACCGUCGGAUUGCUCUGUUGCCAUCAAAGACCGACGUCUCGGCCUUCGAUGAGAAUGGUGCUAAGGUAUAUGAACGGAGACGACGAUGUUCCUGAGGUCGAUGACAGUGAUUGGGGAUGUUCGAAUUCUUCGAGAAGCGAAUUCGGAUCAAAGUUUGAAGGAUAUGUUUCGUCGGAUAAAGCUUCGAGCUCAGCCGCAUCUUUCUCCGUCACAAGGAUUUCUUCUAAUUCUGUUUUGAGUGGUAGAUAG